AUGCUGGCGGUCAUUCGCCACUUCCACGAGGGCAUGAGGGCGCGCGUCCGAACGGACGACGGGCAGUACUCGGAAUGGUUCGACGUGGGCCAAGGCCUCCGACAGGGAUACAACCUGGCCCCGCUGCUGUUCAACUUGUUCUUUGCCGCGAUGCUCAUGGUCGCCGUGGCCGAGUUCGACAAGGACCCCAAGGUGACGGCGGACAUGGUCAAGAUCGGGACACAAGUGGAGUACACGGGCAAGAAGGGCAGGUCGGCGGGGAAGAAGCCGACGGUGGUGACGGACGCGGAGGUCUUGUAGGCCAUGCUCUACGCUGACGACGCAGCC